UUUUGACGUACAGAAUUGAUCAUUGUGCUAGGACGUUACUUAGCGUAAGUAGUCGCUUGUUGGCACAAGCGGACAGCGUUCCGAUUGAGACCAUCACGAGAUGUUACCGACAAGCUUAGUUACCACCAACGCUUAUAGCAUCCACUAUACGAGACUGGGUAGAGUCAUUAUCUGACAGACUAGCCCUACAAUGGAUGUUGCCUCUCGGAAAUAUCCCGACCUUUAUAUCUACGACAAUUUAGUAGUAUUUUGAACACCAUGAAGAUCGGAGUAGAGUCCAGCAGGAUCUCCAUACCGCAGCAUGUCUUCAGAGAUACGAGAAGCCCGAAAUGGCUAUAAUUACCGUUUUCUAGGAGAACUUGGAAGUGAUGUGACUUCCGCGUUAGUUUCUGCAACAUUGGUAGCCCCUGCGGUGACAAUUAUUGACAGAGCCAUCGUUGAACAGGCAUCCUCGAAGAACAAUCUCAUUGAUAUCCUGAAGAGACAUACUAGCUAUUGUCUGAGACAACCACGGCGAUUCUUCAUAUCGAAACCAUUCUUCAUCGUCUCGUCUCUAUACGGAGUCACAUACUCGGCAGCAAAUUUAUCGGAGACUAUAAUCAAAGACGCAUUUCAGGUCACAGAUACAGCUACUGUUCAAAGCACCAUCUUCAUUUCUACUUUCUUGGUAAACGUACCUCUGGGAUUGUGGAAAGAUGUUCGCUUUGCGCAGUUCUACAGAACCGCUUCCGACUGUCCCAUAGAGCCAAUCCCCGCUACACAGAGUGGGACUGCGAUACCAUCACCACGCCUCUCAACUCCCUCGGCAGUGACUGCGAAAGUGGCCAGCCGAGUCCCUAUGAGUGUUUGGGCGACAUUUCUCCUGCGGGAUGCACUUACUAUCUCCGGGUCGUUCACCCUGGCGGAUAUGUUAUCGGGCUACAUUCCGACUUCGCUAGCUGCGAAUUCCCAUACCAAAUCCAUCCUGUCCCAAUUAGUCGUUCCAGCUCUAACACAGCUGGUUGCUGCUCCUGUCCAUCUCUUCGGGUUGGAUUUACAUAACCGACCACACGCCAUACACUUUUCCGAUCGACUUGUCCGCAUUCGCCAGGGUAUGCUCUCAACUGUUGCGGCACGAUGCUUUCGGUUAAUCCCUGCCUUUGGAAUUGGAUGCAUUGUGAAUCGAGAACUCCGAUUGACUGGCCACGCAGCGCUCCAGGAUGAGACGAUAAACAUCUAGUGCCACCGUUGUGAUCAUUCCUGGUAUGUAUGUACAUACAUACAUACAUAGCAGGCAUACAUAACAAUAGAGUGAAACUCUACAGUGAUUCAAGGUCUUGUCCAUCUAGAAUUAUCUUGAGGCCAAGUCAUUACAUACAGUAGAGAUGCUGAAAGUCUUCAAAUAAAGGAUAUCUAAUGCCUUGUAUCGUUUACAUGAGCCACGUUCCCCAUAAGACGAGAAAUAGUAACAGCUUCCCGUAGCGCUUUUCCAACGUGGCCCCUAACACCAGCU